CGCACGCUGCCGCCUGGACGCGCCUGUCAUCUUCUGGAGGAAACUCCUCCCCGCAGACAGCGCGUCCUGUCGCCUUUCCAGCGCAAUGGUCUCCUGGAUCAUCUCUAGACUUGUGGUACUAGUGUUUGGUACACUCUAUCCGGCGUACUCAUCUUAUAAAGCUGUAAAGUCAAAAGAUGUGAAAGAAUACGUGAAAUGGAUGAUGUAUUGGAUAAUAUUUGCCCUAUUUACUGCUGUGGAAGUGUUUACAGAUAUGUUUCUUUGUUGGCUUCCUUUCUACUAUGAGCUGAAGAUAGCUUUUGUGGUGUGGCUGCUGUCCCCGUACACGAAAGGCUCCAGUGUUCUCUACAGGAAGUUCGUUCAUCCCACGCUUUCCUCAAAAGAAAAGGAUAUUGACGAGUAUAUCUGCCAAGCAAAGGACAAAAGCUAUGACACACUGGUGCAUUUUGGGAGAAAAGGGUUGAAUGUUGCUGCCACAGCUGCUGUCAUGGCAGCAACAAAGAGCCAAGGGGUGCUGUCAGACAGACUGAGGAGUUUCAGCAUGCAGGACCUCGCUUCCUAUCAGGAAGAGCCCGUUAACACCGCCCCCGGCACCAAGCAGCCUGCAGCAGCAACUGCACAGCAUCGGACCAGAUCUAUGAUGCGCAGCAAGUCAGAGAGCUACAACAAGGAGAAGGAUUUUGACAUGACUGACUAUGAGGUGUUGGGGCUGGACCAGUUUGACUCCAAGAGCUCGCUGUCACAGACCCCUUCCCCCUCUGAGUCCGAGUCCACUCCCAUUACGUUCUCGCUGACGCCCCAGUCCUCCCCACCCUCCACGCCCUCUCCACCUCCCUCUCCUCCAGUUCCAGAGCCCCCUGAGGAGGUUGAAAGAGGGGUGCAGGUGACAUCAGGCUCUCCACAACUCAGGCUGAUAAAGAGGAAGGCUCCAGAGCCACCUCUUAGAGUCUUAAGGCCUCUCACAAGAUCCCGGAGUGCUCUUUCCUCGAACAAUGAAGCCAUGUGAAACCAUCCUAAAGACUCCUCCAGCUGCCUUUGCUGCAAGACGUGAAAACUCUGAAUGGCCAAAAGCUACUUGACUGAAGCAGCCUUGCUUUGGGAUGAGGUAUUACCAAAGUGACCUAUGAUGACCCCUCUAUAUGAAACUAUAUAGCUUGUGGCUCAUGAUUUGGUUUGUGACAUUGAGGUAGAAUAAUGAGUGAAUGGGCUCCAUGCUGAUAGACAUUUUGAGUUUGUGGGUUAUUGAUUAUGUAUUUAUGUACAGUUUGUGUGAACUUCAUCUUUCUGAUUUGAUUGUUUUUAUAUAUCAGGUGUGGGUUGGCAUUUGCAUGUGUGUCUUCCCAGUCAUUCGUCCUCUGUUAGUAAAACAGAAUGUACUGUCACUGAAAACAACGGCUGGCAUUGCGGGUGAUGUGGUCACUUUUAGAGAAUGUGUGAAUUGCCAAGGAUAAAAAAAAAAAAAAAAAAAAAAGGGGGGCUGUUUUUAAAUCAAUCUGGUGUAGAGACACAGCUGUUCAGUUUAUUUCUGCACUAAUCAAUUAGAUUAUCAAGGUAUCAGGAAAUCAGACUUUACUCAAAAACAAAUUAGAUUAGACAAAACUGUAGUACAAAAGGGGAGACAGUAGUGACAGGAUAUUCUGUUAUUUACCUCUCUAAUAAAGCCUUAAAGAAAGAGAUUUAAAAAAAAAUAUGACAUUAAGUGUUUCUAACACAGAUUAGUUAUCAUUAAACAAUCAUUUUGCACUAUGUUUGAACUCUUAAAUAACUGCCCUCAUACUCUGAAACGGCCAAAAAAUGACAUGAAACAAUAAUGAUAAAGCUACAAGAUUAAUAAAAGAUAAGAUUCAUUGUUUCUUAUAUCUUCUGCGAUUGAUCAGUGUUUACUUGUGUGACGAGUAAAAGCAUUCUUAUCACAGUUAAUGGAAAAAAGUCACUACAAGAGAUUUUCCUUGUGAAGCAGACUGUUUUUGACAAUCUACUGUUGAGUUUGUACGCACGCUUUGUCGCUUUAUUGACAUUUAUUUGUCUAGCAGUUAAAGACCAAUUCAGAAAAAGUCACUUUGAGCUGUAGCAGACAGAUGUGAGAAUAUAUUUACUGUGUGUAAACAUGGCUCUUCCUCCAUGUUUUAUUUCACUGUGUCCUGCUCUACUGUUACUGAGCAACACUUAACACGACUAUCUUACCUUCUUCUUGCUUGUUUUACUGUUUAGAAAUCCAUUUAAGUGACUUUAUUAGUUUACAAACUCAAAUUUAACUUAUUAACAUGGCGUGAUGCUGCACUGUAUGUUUGGCCAUCCUGUCUUCAUCUUUCUUCACUGAGCCUGAAUCAUAGCAACAUUUUACACACUGUGGUGGUUGUUUUUCUGGGUGAAGUUGCGCAGUAGAUUUUUAACAGUCACUUUUCUGCAUCUUCAGCGGUGAUUUGAAGUUUGAAAUGGGCUUCUCAGGUACAACUGUUCUGUUUACAAGUCAUUCACUCUGAUGUAGAUACACUCGUUAUGCACAUGAAAUGUCCUUUUAAUGGAUAAAUGGUGAAAAAAUAAACAGGAAAACUCUGAUUAUGUGUUCAGCGUUAGUAGUAUCAGUGUUAGUGUUGGAGGUGACAUCCUGUUAAAAAAAACAUGCAAAGUAAAACAGAAAAAUGUGUUGCUAAGUAGCUGAUUUGUAUACUCGUGUGUAGACUGAUGAACUCAUCAUUGCAUGAUGUUUGUUGUUAAUUUGAAAAUUGGACUUUGGAAUGAUUUUAUGAAAGGUUUGUUCAACUUUUCAGAUGGUAUAUGACUCAUUAAGUCAUUUUUGGUUGCUUUGUGAAAAGAAUAUAAAAUGUUAAACUACACAUUCAUGUUGGCUUCACGUAUAUAAAUAACAUGUCUGAUUUACAGAUGAAUCUUCCCCUUUGACUCGCUCUAAAGUUAUCAAAUCAUCCUGGAAAUUUUGUUCUGGCAGGCCAGAAUGCCACAUUACUUAAAUUUAAAUGUGAUUAUUCAAAAUAAAAAAAACACAUUAAAUUGUUAAUAUCAUGAGUUACGGUCAAUCAAGUUCUUGUUGGUUGAAUAUUUCUGUUUAAAUGAAUUUCAGCCAUUAAACACGAUGUAAAACUU